ACAGCUGGCCCACAGAUAGCAGGCUAGGUCAGCUGAGGGUUGCCUUGGCGGCUGGCUUUAAGCAAACAUCCAGAGCCAGGAGCUUGGGCGGAAGAAGGAUGGAGAAGUGCCUGGUGGGACUGAGGACAACUUGAGAGCUAGUUUCCAGCCCAGGCUGCUGGGAGGGUGAGGCAGGCUACUCGGGGGCCUGGGGAACCACCCAUCAAGCUGCUGGCCUCUACCUGGCAGAUGUGACUCCUGCCCUGGGCUGUGCUCCCCAUCAUGGCUGACACCAUCUUCAGCAGUGGAAAUGAUCAGUGGGUGUGCCCCAACGAUCGGCAGCUUGCUCUGAGAGCCAAGCUGCAGACAGGCUGGUCUGUGCACACAUACCAGACGGAGAAGCAGAGGAGGACUCAAUGCCUGAGCCCUGGAGAGGUGGAGGUCAUCCUUCAGGUCAUCCAGAGAGCAGAGCGGCUGGACAUCCUGGAGCAGCAGAGGAUUGGGCGGCUGGUGGAGCGGCUGGAGACGAUGCAGAAGAACGUGAUGGGCAAUGGUGUCUCCCAGUGUCUGCUCUGCGGGGAGAUGUUGGGAUUCCUGGGCAGCUCCUCUGUAUUCUGCAAAGACUGCCGGAAGAAAGUCUGCACCAAGUGUGGGAUCGAGGCUUCCCCCGGCCAGAAGCGGCCCCUGUGGCUGUGUAAGAUCUGCAGUGAGCAGAGAGAGGUCUGGAAGAGGUCAGGGGCCUGGUUCUACAAAGGGCUCCCCAAGUACAUCUUGCCCCUGAAAACCCCUGGCCGGGCUGAUGAUCCCCACUUCCGACCUCUGCCUGUGGAGCCCACAGAACCACAGCCUCAGAGUGCUGAAGUCAGCCGUGUCUACACAUGGGCCCGAGGGAGAGUGCUGAGGAUGGAACCCCGGUCCUUGCACAUACUAGGACCUCAUACAAGCAUCUCACCGGUAAGCUAUCCCCAGCCCUUAGUCAGUUGGCAGGGGUUUUCAGAUCGUCUGUCUCAAGCAGGCCCAUGGCACGCUUUACCUCGCCUGUUUUAUUUCUCAGGAAAGGGAGACCCUGGGCCCUAAUGAGCAGGGUGACUUGGUAUCUGUGGUGACUAUCCAGAAGUAGGUGUGUGCCCCACUGUGACUGCCAGCCACUGCUGCUUCCUGCGCCAUAGAGGACUCUGUGCUGCUCCUUCUGGUUUUUAUUUUCAAGUUCCUGGUCUCACAAAAGCAGCAGGAGGUUCUCAGAGUAAAUAUUCAGUAGCACCAUCUUAGAGCCACAAAGCCUGAGGCCCAGGGUGCAGGGCCAGAGCUGGGCUCCAAAGCAGGUCCUUCCCCUUGCAUCUGACUUCUAACGCCCUGUAGUAGCCACACUUCACAGGGACAGAGGAGUAAGGGGGUCACCUGCUAGUAACUUGUCUCAGAAGAGGUAGCCUCAAGAUCACAGGCCUGGCAGCGGCUUUGGAAGGGCUCUGGGAGGUGACCUGACUCUCUUCAUGUCGAGUGUGCUGUUUUUUCCUUAUCAAAAGGGUAACACAUGUUUGUGAUAGAAAAGUAAAGGUCACCAGGCAGCAGGCCCCAGGAGGCCAGACCCCUGUGAGUCACCCUUGCAAACAACCGUGUUAGGUACUGGCUGUCCCUUCUCAGGUAAUUUUCGUCCUCGUCCUCGUGUCACUUGGCACUUCCACAGCUGUCCCUCCUCACAGCUGUGCCUCCCUCUAUCCUGACGCCUGCAGCUCUUCCUGGCAUGACUCAUAGCCAAGCCUAGCUUUCCCCUGACAUCACAAACAAGUGUGUGGGGUGCAGGACUGAAUGCAGGUGACGAUUUGGCCUGGGGAGGAAGUGGUCCUCAUAUGUAGGGGGUCCAAGGGGAACAGCCCGGUUGGGACAUGGACUCACAGGGAUGUCGUAGCCACUGAGCCUGACCAUCUUCCACCCUGUCCCUCUCUCUGGGUACAUCUUUAUCCCACUGUCUAAAGAAAGUCUGAGGUCUGUGGUCUUAGAAACAGAAGCUAAUGGACCACCAGGGUCAGACGGUUGCUAUGAGUGGCUGUGAAGAAGCCUGAGGCAUGUGUGAACAACCAGGCCCCGAGCGCCCAUUGUACGGGUCCUCACCACCCACCGCUCCCAAUCAGCGCGUCCGCACACACAUGCGCACAUAUCACUCACACUCCUCCACAGGCACACACGCUCACACAUGUUCACAUGCGUGUAGAUUGGUACAUAUGCUCAUACACACACUCACCAGCAGACACGCCUGUACCCGGGCAUAGCAGUACUCCCUGUACCUCCUCAGCUGUGGAGACACACGGGGAGGAGGCCAGCGUCUCUUCACACUUGGAAUCGGCAGGCAGCCUAGAGGCUCUCCCUCUGAGGUAUUGAGGUGCAGAGCCCUCAGGCUGCUAUGUCAGGCCUGUUGGAGUCAUAUGGUCCCUGAGUGCUGCAUGGGCAGCGGGGCAGGGAGGGACAGCUGCUGAUGUCAUCUGUGGGGCACCUGUACUCACACUGAGGGAGGCCACUGGGGUAUGUGGAGCUGGGACGGACGGACGGACGGACGGACGGACGGAGGGAGCUGAACUCGGAAAAAGCUAGUGGCUGUGACAAAGGAGAACAAAAGAAAGAAGGGCAGUAGAGUCAUGUCGGUGCAGACACCACAGGGUAGGGCUGCCUAGCACGGCUGCAAAGAGCCUGACAGCUAUCGUGUGCUCUGAAUUCAGCUGCCAUGGCCUGUGGCCGGGCAGCUUCUGUGCCGUCUUGAGUCAGUCUCUGCUUUCCAGCUGAGGACAGUCCCCAGGCUGCCCCCGGUCUGACCAUGUCCUCACAGGGCACAACUCUGGCUACUUUACCUGUAAGAGACUAGACAAGCUUGAGUGUAGGAACCAACCAUCCUUAUCUAGGGACAGCCUUGAGCUGUGGACUGUGAUGAGGGGCUUUCCAGUCCCUCCCUACAUGGUAGCUCAGGUAGCCUCAAGGUCCAUGGUAGCCCCUGGUCAGGGCUCCUGUCACACCUGCCUCAAGGAAUCCUGGGAGCCGGCAGAGGCUGCUGAUUUGGCCCCUGUGUGGCUCUUGGACUCUAGGGAGCUGACAGCCCUCAGCAGGGCUGAGAGUGUAGCCCGUCUCCACGUCCAAUCCUCUGGUGACUGGAUCCCCACAGUGCUUUCCAGCUCUGAAAGUGACUUCCUCACCCUCACCCACCAGGGGUGGACAGGAGUUUAGCAACUAGCUAUGCUCACAGCUGUGGCAGUAACCCCGGGCAAGCUAGUGCACAUAGCUGUUCCAGCACCACAGUUGGGCUGACUGAGCUCAGGGGUCAGAGUAGCCAUCUUGAGGGCACCAUUCCUACAACCCUGAAAUGUCCUGUGGCAGGGCCACAUCUGUCUCAGUAGGCCAGUACCUUAGCACAUAGCACUCAGAGUAGCAUAGACAAGAUGCUCCACAGAUAUUCAAGCAAGUGAGGGAGCCAUGCCCCUGAUUCUGAGACUGCAAAGGAGGCUGGGGAGGGGGAUUGGGGGGGAGGGUGUCAUUGCAUCACAGUGUCUCUGGUCCAUGAGAUGCUAGAUAAACCCAAUAGAUGUUGAGUGGCUCUCUUUCUGGCCCCGGGCCUUGAGGGACUCCAGGUCACUGUCCCCUCCUGCCCACAGUUCUUCCCACAGGCAUGGAGCUGAGGCUAGCACCAUCAUCACCCAGCCUCUGUCUGCGUGCGACCCUCUUCCCCACCUUUAUUCCACGACCCCAAGGCUUGGGCUCUCGCACCUAUGCCUCCCACCCUCUCCUGUUCACAUGCUAGCCCUCCCUCAUUUCCUUUCUGUAACCUCUUGGAAAUGUAGGGGAGGGGUAAGCAAUAAAUAUAUAUUAUGAGUGAUUCUGUUUUUAAUCUGUGCACGGGUGUAUGUGUGUGUUCUUUGUGUGUGCAGGCUCGGAAGGCCAGGGGUCCACCUUGCAGUGGCUUCUCUCCUUCCACCUUUAUGUGGGUUCCACCAGACCUGGGCGGCAAGUGCACUGAGACCUCACUGGCCCCAAGCUAUGAACUUUUCAAUAUACACAGGGAUCUAGGAGUUAAUUGAUGUUUGCGAGAUAGGCACCUUCCCAUCUUCCUCCACAUUUCUCUUUAUUAAUUUUUAAUAAUCUAAGAACACAAGUUAAAUAAUUCAGCAAAGAAUGAAAACCAGUAACCUCUUUGUCCUUACACUCUAGCCCUUGACCAAAUGUCCACUGAAUUUAAGCAUUUAAAUUUGCUUUGCGACAGAAAUAAAACAGGCUUUUGCCUGUGAAUCUGUUGGCUUCUGCGGUUGUGUUUGUUUGUUUGGAGACCGUCUCACUAUGUGGCCCUGCUUGCCUGGAACUCUUUGUAUAGACCAGGCUAGCCUCGAAGUCACCAAGAUUCAGCUGCCUUCUUCAAAUGACAGGGGCAGCUACACAGGGACCAGAUGUACCAGGCCUGUUAGGAAAACGUUGCGGGCUCCCUCUAGGCCAUUAGACCUGGACUGUACUUUACAUCGGUGGAUGAAUAAAACCCCCUGGACCCUGUGUCAUGUUUUGGUCACUCCCUAUCAAUGGGUUUUAAGGUUGUUUCUGGAUUUUGCCUUGAAAUAUUCUUUAGACCUGUAACCUGCAAACUGAAGAUUCUGUGUCAGGGAGUUCAGGCCAUGGAAUGACCUAGUCACACCUAGUCAUUUUCCUGGUGGCAGUCUGGCUAUGCAUCUUUGCUGCCUGGGAUACCGCUGAUGGUUAUAACCAUGGCCCCGUCUACAGGGAGGAAAAAGCAUUGUUUCUAUGCCCACAUCAGAGCAGGUCUCCCGAUGUCUGUUAUUUAUUGAUUUUAAUUCAGAUGUCCUGUUUUCCACAUUGUUUCUUGAAGCCAGGCACUGUGGCAAAUGCUUUCACUAUGUCACAGAUACUUCUGGUCCAGGAGCUGCUAGGCAGGUGUUCUCAACCUGUGGGUCACUACCCCUUUUUGGGGAGGGGGGGUCACCUAAUACCAUUGGAAAGCACAGAGACCUAAAUUAUGAUUCACAACAGUAGCAAAAACACAGUUAUGAAGUAGCAACAAAAUUAAUGUUAUGGUUUGGGGGGAGGUCACUACAGCAUAACUAUAUUAGAAGGUUGUAGGAGCAGGAAGGUUAAGAACCAUUGUAUCAGAGAACCUUGGGAGGUAGAGGAAGGAGGCUUCUGAAUUCCAGGCUGGUCUCAUUUGUAUGAAGUUUCAGUGAGUUCUACACUAGUCUGAGCUACAGAGUAAGCCCCUGUCUUAGAGCAGUAACAAAAGAAAACCAUGUUAACUAAGAAGCCCUGAAGCCAUGUCCAGUCAAAAUUCAAGCUAACAAUCUUUAUCAUCCAAUCACAGUUGGUAGGUCGGCUUUGCUAAGUUAUGUUUUGUCUGUCUUGUGGGUGGGAAACACUCAGACCCUUGAGUGAGCCUGCAUCCUCUGACCCUCACUGUCCCCCCUACACCCUCUGACCCUCACUGUCCCCCCUACACCCUCUGACCCUCACUGUGCUCCCCCACACCCUCUGACCCUCACUGUGCUCCCCCACACCUUCUGACCCUCACUGUGCUCCCCUACACCCUCUGACCCUCACUGUGCUCCCCCACACCCUCUGACCCUCACUGUGCUCCCCUACACCCUCUGACCCUCACUGUGCUCCCCCACACCCUCUGACCCUCACUGUCCCCCCUACACCCUCUGACCCUCACUGUGCUCCCCUACACCCUCUGACCCUCACUGUCCCCCUACACCCUCUGACCCUCACUGUCCCCCCUACACCCUCUGACCCUCACUGUCCCCCCUACACCCUCUGACCCUCACUGUCCCCCCUACACCCUCUGACCCUCACUGUCCCCCCUACACCCUCUGACCCUCACUGUCCCCCCUACACCCUCUGACCCUCACUGUGCUCCCCCACACCCUCUAACCCUCACUGUGCUCCCCCACACCCUCUGACCCUCACUGUGCUCUCCUACAUCCUCUGACCCUCACUGUGCUCCAGCCAUUAGUAGACAUUUUUGUUUUAGAUCUAUUUGAUGUGUCUGAGUGUUUUGCCUGCAUGUAUAUCUGUGCACCAUGAGUGUGCCUGGUACCCACAGAGGUAAGAGUGGGUGUUAGAUCCCAAGUAACUGGUGUUACAGACAGUUGUGAGCCAUUAUGUGGGUGCUGGGAACUGAAUCCAGUACUCUGCAAGAGCAGCCAGUGCUCUUACCAUCCCUCUGACCCCCUUAUUAGUUUUUAAUUGGCACAGAAAAAGCAAGAAAUAAAAAGCCAUUUCUUUUUUUUUUUUUUUUUUGGUUCUUUUUUUUUUUUCUUUUUUUCGGAGCUGGGGACCGAACCCAGGGCCUUGCGCUUCCUAGGCAAGCGCUCUACCACUGAGCUAAAUCCCCAACCCUAAAAAGCCAUUUCUUAAUGUUAGAAAAGAACAAAAGGAAUCGAUCCUCUUUGCAGUUGACGUGCUCGCCAAGAACUCAAUCCAACCAACUCUAACCUAAAGGCACUGGGAUUAAUAGAGAAAUUUAGACACUGACAAGACUUAAGAUAAAGCAAUUUAUCUGGGCAUGGUGGCACGCACCUUUAGUCCCAAUACUCAGGAGGUGGAGGCAGAGGCAGUCGGAUCUCUGAGUUCGAGGCCAGCCUGAUUUACAGAGCAAGUCCCUGGAUAGCCAGAGCUACACAGAGAAUCCCUGUCUUGAAAAACCAAAAAGAAAAAUCAAUUUAAAAAAUCAAUAGUUUUAAUCCGUACUGACUAAUUGAGGGCGGAAGUGGGAAGACCUAUUUGUGAUGGCAAUAAAAAAUUAUUCAUGCCUGGAGGGAAACUUUAAAUGGAAAUUAUAGGAACUGGCACAGAUAAAAUCAAAGUCUCAUUGUGUUAGGAUGCUUGGGCUGCUGUGACAAACACCCCAGACUGGGUGGCUUAAGCUACGGGUUUACCCCCGGUCUGGCUGGUAAAGCAAGGUCAAGGUGCUGGCAAGACAUGUCUGGUGAGGGAUUUCCCCUUGCGGUGCAGUGGUUGGCCACCAUGCUCAGCGUGUGCAUGUGAGGACACAGGGUAGGAAGCUCUCUGUUCUCUCUCUCUGCUCAGGAGAACUCAUCUGUUGAAAUCAAGGCUCCACUGUCCAGCUUCAUGUAAUUCUUCCAAAUACCUGCAGUUUAGGGCACCAACAUGGACUAAGGUUGGGGACACAAACUUUCAACCCACAGCACUUUAUCAAAGGAUAAAAAAUAAGUCCUGGGCAGAAAAGCAGGUAAAAACCAGUCCUGCCUCGAGUAUGGCAGUGCUGCCUUUAAUGCCAACGUUUGGGAGGCCUCUGUGAGUUCAAGGUGAGCCUGGUCUACAUAGCAAGUUCCAAACCAGCCAGGGCUACACUGUCUCAAAAAGGAAAAAAAAAUCUUAAUUCUUCCGUUGUUGUAGUUAUAUAUUAAGAUCUGUCUGAUUCCCUUUGUGUGUGGAUACAGACAUACAGAAUGAAUGAAUGAAUGAAUGAAUAUGAGUGUGUGUAUGUGAGUGUGUGUUUGUUUGAGUGUUGUAUGUACUAUGACAUGGCUGGGCCUGGAAAACUUCAUACUAAGUAAAGGAAGUCAGAGUCAAAAGCUACAUAUUGUAUGAUCCCUUUCAUAAAAUGUAUCUAGGCUAGGCAAACGCAUUGACAGACCCAUGUGCCAGGGGCUGGGGAGGAACUGACAGUGAGGACAGUGUGUGAAACUAUUCGGAAACUGAAUAGUGGUGGCUGUUGCCCAAUGUUAUGACUGCAGUACAAACAACUAUAUUGUAUUUCUCCUAAAGAGUGAAUUUUAUAGGAUAUGAAUUAUGUCUCGGUUUUAAAGGAGCUUAGAGCGGUUACUACAGAAUACGCAAAUCAAUGAAUGGAUAGGAAUUGAAGCACAGUGGUCCCAAGAACGAAUGGAAGCUAAAUGGAGAGGUAUUUCAGCUCAGAGGGAAAGGCGGAUUUAAAAACCAGAGCCGGUGUGGUUCUACUCCCGUGUGCAUCCAGGAGCACUCUACAGUCCUGAGAGAAUAUGCUGAGAAUAAAACAAGGAGCCGGUGGUAUGGCCUGUGCGUUUAAC